UCAUGUUCUUCAUCAUUUUGGGUAUAUUCUAAUUUGAAUAUCCAGAUUUAGAAUAUGCUAGCUUCUUCAAUUGACAAUUCCAUCCAAAUCCAUGAUGAAAGAUUCCAACAAACCAUAGAUUGCUAUAAUUUCAACCCUUUUCUUGAUGAUCAAGACUUCAUUUUUGGUCACAUUUUGUACCCUGAAAUUGGGCUUGGAAGUGCCAACAACACUAAUAAUGAUACCACAACCGCCCACAAAGCUUCAUCCCAAGACAACCCCAUUUCUAGGAAGAGAUCAAGUGGGGCGAAGGACAGGCAUAGCAAGAUCUGCACCUCAAAAGGGCCAAGAGAUAGAAGAAUGAGGCUUUCACUUGAAAUUGCUAGACGUUUCUUUGAUCUUCAAGACAUGCUUGGGUUUGAUAAAGCAAGCAAGACAGUGGAAUGGCUGUUUACCAAAUCAAGAAGUGCAAUUAAGGAGCUCAAGGAGAAAUUCUUAUUAAAAGUCCAUUCUUCUGGGUCUACUCUCGUAAGAAAUGUUUCGUUGUAUCGUGAUCAGGAAGUACCUAGAGGGAAAAAGAGAAGGAAAUUAAGGAUCGUUGAUAAAGAAUCGAGAUUCAAAGCACGAGCUAGAGCGAGAGAGAGAACAAGAGCGAAGUUGAUUCGAGGUCGUUUCGAGAUAUCAAAAUCAAAUUUUGAAGUAAACCCAGUUGGGGUUUGUAAGAUGGAGGAUGUUAUUGAAGAAAGUAGCACCAAAAGCAAGAGUGUUGCUAAUUUCCCACAAAAUUUGGGGUCCAAAGCCAAAAACUCAGCUUCUUUGAUUAGUAAUCAUUGUUAUGAUAAAAGGGUUUCAAAGGAAUCAUGCUCUGGGGAGAUUCAUCUUCUUCCUGGUUCUGGUUCUUCCAUGGAUAUGGGCACCCUGUCCUUGGACACCAUGAGAGCAUCGCCUGCAGGUUUGAAAUUGUCGGAGCUGGAUGAAGUUGAUGGUGUACUGAUCUUCUAUGGAGAAUGAAGCAAGAAUUGAAAUCAAGCGAAGGAGAAGAGCUUGAAGAUUUGAAAUUUCAGACAGAAAUUUAAGGUAUUGUUUAAUGUUGGAAAUUAAAUGUUUUUUUUUUUCCCAUUUCUGUUCAUAUUCAUCGAUCAGCUGUGUCUUCUCAAGCCAUUUUAUGUUGUUUCUAUGUACUACUUGAAUUAAUAA